CCCAAUAUUUAAAGCUAUUAUUAAGCCCAAUCUAAAGAGAGGCGAAGAGAAGCUUCUCGAGAAUCAUCUUAAGCUUUAUCUGCUAUAUAAUCAUUUGCUAAGACGGAGGAGAGAGAAUUAUUCAAUCUUCAACUUGGGUGUCGUGCGAUCGUCUCUCUGUGUGAACGAAAAAUGGGUAGAAGAUACAGCAGAAGUCCAUCUCCUAGAGGUUAUAGAAGGGGAUACCGAAGCCCUAGCCCAAGGGGUCGUUACCGAAGCCGUGCGAGAGACCUCCCAACUAGUCUGCUCGUUCGCAAUCUUCGCCAUGAUUGCAGGCCUGAAGAUCUCCGUGGCCCGUUUGGGGAAUUUGGUCCGCUUAAGGACAUUUACUUGCCACGCGAUUAUUACACAGGGCAGCCACGUGGCUUUGGUUUUGUGCAAUAUGUUGACCCCGAUGAUGCUGCUGAAGCCAAAUAUCAUAUGGAUGCACGGGUUCUUCUUGGGCGCGAGUUGACGGUUGUAUUUGCCGAGGAAAACAGGAAAAAGCCAUCAGAGAUGAGGUCGCGCGAGCGUAUCAGCAGGAGGUCCUCCAGUCGUUACUCCAGAUCACCUCGCUAUGGACGUUCUUACUCUCCGUCACCACGGUAUCGUCAAACCUACUCCCGAAGCCCCAGUCCUGGUUAUUAUUCUCCCUCUCCAAGGGGCAGAUACCGCUCCAGAUCCAUCACGCCUCGUGGCAGAGAGAGAUCUUAUUCAAGGUCCCCUUACAGGUCGAGGAGCAGGAGCCGAAGUCCAGUCAGGAGCAGGAGCAGGAGCUGGAGCCCAGAGGGCUACUGAUGCUAUUGUUUGUCAAAUGUGCUAAGUUAAAACUUCUCUGAUAGAGUGAAAGUCGUAGUUGGUUAAUAUGGGUGCUUCUCAUCUCCCAUUUAUCGGUAUUACAUGUUUCUCUUUCUUAUAUUGAAUGGGACUGAGUUUCCAAGUGCAAUAUCUAUCUCAAAUGUGGGACCUUUCAAGUGUUGUAAAACAUUUUCAUGAAGCCUACAAGCGCAAGUUUACAUGUUC